GGGGAGGAGUUGAACCGUUUCUCCGGAGUUGCGCAAGAGGCAGGACGGCGCGGGUAGACUGGGACCGUCUGGGCGGGCAUCCCCGCCGCGUCCCGCGCCGGGAGGCCGAACCAAAACCGAAAGGAGCCGGGUCCCCGGCAGCCCCGGCGUCGCGUCCGCGGGGAAGUCGCCGCGCGCCGGGCAAGUCGGCGAGGGCCGCCGCUUUGUGACUUCACUGGUUUCGCAACAAGCCCGGGCCGCCCGCGCCCCACCCACCCCCGGCCGCUGCCUUGCCGCCAGCCUCCUCGCUCCGCUCUCCGCGCCUCCCCUCCCUCCGGAGCCGGGCCUGCCCCGCCGUCGCGGAGCCUCGGGUCAGCCCGGCAGCCCGCGGCAGUUCACCGCACGUGCGCCGCCCCGGCCUCCCGGCAGCGCGGAGCAGCCCAGCGACCAGCCGCGCGGCCCGGCUCCGCAGAGCGCAGCGCCCUCCCGGCUGUGGCGGCGCGAUGCUGUGCUUUCUCCGGGGAAUGGCCUUCGUCCCCUUCCUGCUGGUGACCUGGUCGUCCGCUGCCUUCAUCAUUUCCUACGUGGUCGCCGUGCUCUCCGGGCACGUCAACCCCUUUCUCCCCUACAUCAGUGACACAGGAACAACACCUCCAGAGAGUGGCAUUUUUGGAUUUAUGAUAAACUUCUCUGCAUUUCUUGGGGCAGCCACAAUGUACACAAGGUAUAAAAUAGUAGAGAAGCAAAAUCAAACCAGCUAUUUCAGCACUCCUGUUUUUAACUUGGUGUCCUUGGUUCUCGGAUUGGUGGGAUGCAUCGGAAUGGGUAUUGUAGCCAAUUUCCAGGAGCUGGCCGUUCCCGUGGUCCACGACGGCGGUGCCCUUCUGGCGUUUGUCUGCGGCGUCGUGUACACGCUCCUGCAAUCCGUCAUCUCUUACAAAUCCUGUCCCCAGUGGAACAGCCUUUCCACGUGCCACGUGCGAAUGGCCAUCUCUGCUGUGUCCUGCGCAGCUGUCAUACCCAUGAUUGCCUGUGCUUCACUAAUUUCUAUAACCAAGCUGGAGUGGAAUCCAAAAGAAAAGGAUUAUGUAUAUCACGUAGUGAGUGCGAUCUGUGAAUGGACAGUGGCCUUUGGUUUUAUUUUCUACUUUUUAACAUUCAUCCACGAUUUCCAGAGUGUCACCUUAAGAAUAUCCACAGAAAUCAAUGGUGAUGUUUGAAGAAAGAAGAACUCUAUCUCACUCAGUGGAAGUGGCAGACAAUUCCUGAAAGUGGUACAGAGGACAGACAGGGUUUUAAUGCUGCCCUGUGUGGAAUUCAUCUGCAGCACAUCCAGGACUUGAAUUUCUUUAAGAAUUCCCAAUAGUUGUAUUAUUUCCAAAGGUAUGUUUUCCUAGAGAAUGUAGAGCAUUUAUGACAUUGUAGCAAUGUUUUUAUAACUUUCCAAGUAGACACUGUUUUUGUAUUAACAAAUUCCUGACAGACAAAAUAAGGUAUUCCAGCAAAUGGAGACCUCUUAUUUUUAUACAAAUUCUGUUUUUGUUAAUUUCUCUCUGUGUGAGUGAUUUGUGGAGAUACACUAACUGAGGAAUUCAUUCAAAAGUAAAAUCAGGGGAUGUUCUUUUUAAGAUUUUAUUUUUAGAGAAUGCACUGUAUAAUUUUAUACCAUAAGAGCAUUUCUAAAAUUCAGUUUAAAAUGAUCAUUAAGAUUUAGUUAAUAAACUAACACUAACUAAGAGACUGAUUUUUAGAUGAACCAAGCAAAAAGCUUCUAUCAAAAGGCCUUAAGACCACUAUGCACAUUAACUCAGUGACCAUGGAAGACCUCAUUUUGAAAUUCCGUCCCCCGCCCUGUGGGCCUCCCUGCUCACAGAGACCCAGCUUUUACCCUUGCUGCUAACUGACGGCAGUCUGUAGUGAUGUGUUCCAGGUGGGAUGGUUUCAGCCAGGCAAGUUAGAAAUCAAAUCCUUCUAACAACAGAGUGAAAUGGAGGUGAGCAACUAACAAGAAGAACUCACUGGAUUCCAGAAUGAUGAGGGGAGGAGGGGAGUGUGUCUCAGGGAACAUCCGAGGAAUGCGGGAUUAUGGGAAGGAGACUUGCUCAAUCCUAAACCUCUGCAGAAACCAACCUGCGAAAAGCAUUACACAUUCCACUUACAAAGCUGCCCUUUAUUGUUACUGGCACAACUCGACACACUGUCUGACUCAGAAGCCGCACCACACAUCUCGCAUUCCUUUCACGCCAGCCCAUGGGCGCUGACGGGGAGUGCAGGGGAGUGCAGGUCUGAGAGGGGAGGGAGAGGAGCACGGUGCAGGAGGGAGUUACUUUGCUCCUCUUCUUCAUCCCCACGGCUGGAUGUUUGCACACUCUAUGAGAUGUGAAGCAGAUCCUUUGCUCGGUAAUAGCACAUCACGAAUGACGAGUGAAAAGCAAGUCAUUCCAGAGGAAGAAGUGGCUCUUGAGAUGCAAAGCUUUAAAAGUGGAAGAGAAGGAACUCACCUUCAGGGACCCUCCAGACCAGAAACCCAUGUCUAGCCAAGAGGUUCCAGACCUUGAGGGCUCAUGCCAAGGGCAGAGCAGCUCACUUGGCCAGCCAUGGAAGGAGGCUCAGUAGUGGUCAGCCGCCUCCGCAAGGACAGACCCUAUCUCCCCUGCGGGUUCAGUGGUGAAAGACUGAGACCCAGCUCUGGGUUGGUGGUAACUUGGAACUGAAAUGCUGGUUACAUCUGUGUUCUGCAGAGGAGGAACACCACUUACCUUUGCUGUGGAACCUGCAGUAGAAUGAAUCCACAGUUGGGUCUCCCUUGGAACAGACUGUUGUUAUCAGCCCUUCUUGACACAUUCAUUGUCAUCCUUCAUUUCUGUAUCUCUCUGCGUGAUUUAGAUUGGGAGCUCCUUGAGGGCAGAAGUCUGUGCCUUAAUCUUUGUUACUCGAGCAUUUACCAGGCUGCCUCCUGGUACACAGUAGGUGCUUAAUAAAAACUCACUGAAUGCAUGAAUGAGGGAGUGAGCAAGUGGAGACAUGGCUGGGGGAUGUCUGUAGUACUGCAUAAUGAGAUUUACUCUGGUUUACUAAUGAGGUAAUAAAUAGCCUAUGUCACCUUU